ACUAACAAAUUUUAAUUUGGCCCUUAUGUCCACAACAAUAAAGCUGUCCCAUUUCAUACUUUGCGUAUCAUAGUACACGGAUUUCCGAUUUGUAUACAAUUUAAUUCGCUUGCACUUGCACUUAUGUGGCUAGCUUUUUAAAUUCUGCAACUUUUUAAUUACUUUAAAUUACUUAAAUUUUUUAUACAGGGGCCGUCCAUAAUAAAGUUAAAGUAUUUUUGACCAUUUUUACCCCCACUGAGCCCACUGUCACUGGUCACAAACUGUCACAAAUCUCGGAACCCCCCCCCCCCCCCCCCCCCCCCCCCCCCUAAAAGUACAUCACACUUUCGAACAAAUUUUUAAAAAAAUUAACACCUAAUCAAAAUUUAAUCUAAAACACACUUCACUAUUAAAAUUAAACUGUAUUAAAAUAUAAAAUUUCCACUUAAUUUCCACUAUCACAUUAUUAAAAUGACUUUAAUAGUAGAAUAGUUAAUUGUCAACAGUUGUCACAGUUAUUCAUUGAAGCAGUAACUCAAUCUAGAUUAAUUUGAAAACAAAAAUUGCAAAAUUUUGACUAGAAAAUUAUAUAAUUUAAAAUAUAAUACACAUAAUUUAUCUGCUGCUUUUUCAUUUACAAAAGAUGAGGUCAAGUUUUAGAUAAUCUUCCGAUUAUGAUUAUUAAUCUUUUUACACAGGUUAAGAAGUAUAUUAGCGAAACUUGACCUCACCAAAUGAUUAAAUAAUAAAAAGGACAGUGACAUAAUUAUGCAGCGGACAACAGAAAUAAUAAUACUUCAGGCAUGACGAAAGCAAGGCUAUACAUAAAACAAGGCUUCGCAACAGCAUACUAGCGCUACUUGAGAGAGGAAUCGUGAACAACACAUUCAGGAGAUAAGCUUUUCAUACUAUUUUGACAUAAAACUAAUUCAAAUGAUACACACAAUUUUUGAAGAUUAUUUUUAAAGCUAUUAAAUUCCACUAAAAAAAUAAAAAAAUAAGUUAGAAAUAAAAUUUUAAAGAAAUAAAUGUGUGAUGUCACACAUGGCCUGACCCCCCCUCCCCCCUGUCACAAAUUGUCACACUUUCUUAUACCCCCUCCCCCCCUCUGGAGCGUGACGUACUUUAUGGAUGGCCCCACAUUUUGAAUUUAGUUCUAGUUCUAGUCUUAACUUUUAAGACUUUAGACUUAGAUUAACUUAAGUAACUAAUAAGUUUAAUAUUAAUAAGUAUAGUCCUACCCAGCCGCCAACCAGUUAUUAUACAUCACAAUGGCAAGCAGACCGCCCACUUUGAUAAAGCAUCACACCAACUUACCAAGAGCAACACUGUCAUUCAUUUCAAGUGAUGCACAACCAAGUUCAUCAAAAAUCUCCGUAGCAUCAGCCACAUCAGUGGAAAAAGAAAAAAAGGUAUGCCCUGAUUCUGAUUCAGUGUGAUCCAGUGGUGCAGUGCAAUAUCAUGUUCUUAUUUUGUUAUAUUUGCUUUACAUAGUUCCAUAGGCCAUAAAGUAUAGAAACAUAACCAGACAAAGUAUGUAGUAUCAGGACUGGUUAAUAUUAAAGUAACUGUGGUAAAAACUUUUUCUGCUUUUUUGGUAAAAUGAACAUGGACCUUUAACUUUAAGUCCUUUGAAACAUCUUAUUAUCAGCACUGCAUACAUUUUCACAAUUUUGUAACGCCUGGACCCACCGGGUAUUUUCUCAAAAUAACCAGACUCCACCCAGUUAAGCCCUAGUUUUAUAUAUCUAUUUUGCUUCUCGUGUGUCCUGCAUCCUCUUCACAACCGUCGGACCCGGUGUAAAAAACUACACCCAGUUAAGCCCUAGUUUUUUUAUAUUCUGCUACAAAAGUAGCUCAAAUGUUGGAAAGCAUACAAGUAUAAGAUAUAAAACAAUUUUUAAAACAUAGUAGAUGAUUUUAACUUAUAAAUCUACUGAUUUCUUUUAUUUUGAUUCUGUGUCCAUUUAAUUUUGAAUGGUCCAAACUUGGAGAAAAAAAGUAAAGGAAGUUAUGAAUAUUCUCCCAGCAGAGUUAGUAGGUCACAAAAAGUGAAAGCCAGAUAACUGCUACUAAAAUAAGAAAAGGGAAAUAUAUUUGAUGCCCAGCAAGCUGGGUUGUACUUUGGAAAGGAUUUGAUAUAUAACAACUACAUCCAUUCUAGAAAAGCUAUUUAGAUAUAGUUAAAGGGACAGCAUUCUGUACAUAUUUGGAAUCAACAAAGCCAAAAAUUGUGGAUUUUAUUUUUUAACUGAAAAAUCAUGUCUUUGCAAAUGGUUAAGACUUAUGAAUUACAUUUAAUUAUUAUCUAUAUUUAUCUUUAGACCGUUCAUUUUGCUAGUGAAGAUGAAGAAGUUUCUGUUGACCAGUCAACAGUCUACUCACAGCCCACUACUUCCGACGACCAGACCCUAAUGCCAUCAGACAAUUUGUACAGUGGAGACACAUUCCUUUCACUGAGCCAAGAAACACUGACAGGUUACUUGUUAUGCAUCUGGAUAAAUGCUAACAUUUAAACACAUUUUAAUCAUUACUUGGAGAAAUGAUCAAUUCAUUGAUCGUGGGCCCUCAAAAUAAAGAAGAAGAAGAAGAAGAAAUUAUUAAAAGAUGAAGCAUUUUGCUUUGUUUUCCCACUGAUAUCCACUUGAAAAACAUUUUAUUUUUUAUUAGUCUAUUCCCUAUGAAGCUAAUGAAAAUGUUCUUUGUCCUACCUAACUGAUGUUAAUUUCCUAUUUUCUUUCUAAUCUAUUUUUUUUAAAAACUAUAUUUCCCUACUAAACUAAUGAAAUUUUGCCUUUUGAACUAACAGAUUACACCAGUCCAGAUGGUGGCACAACCAUCCAAUCACAGCCAAGCUAUGGAUCAAGCACAUUUAUUGAACUGGACUCUCAGGAUGAGACAAGAACAGAGAGUGACCACUCUCACACAGAUGCUGACAGCUUUGCUUCAUCUGAGGUGUUCUCCCCUAGCUCUAGCAGCAGUCAGCCAACGAUACCACGAGAAUGGAAAGAUGUAACAGAGAUUGUGAAAGAGUUAGUUCUAAUGUCUAUUUGCCAAUUUUUAAGAAUCUUUAGUAUUUAUGUUUUUGUUCAAUGGAAGAAAAUUACCAUUCCAUUAAUAUUUGAUCCCAUUUGAAUUUUUAAGCCAUUAUACCCAUGUGAAUGUUAGAUUUGUUUUGGGGAUGGGUUUUUGUAGAAUUAUCACUUUUCAAUCGUGAACUAUUUUAAAACAUGAGAGAAAAAAACUUGUAAGUAAAUUUUAAAAAAAAAAAAGGUAAAUUAAAAAUCUCUUAAAUAAAUUAAACAAAUAAUUUAUUUUUUUCUUGAAGCAUUGAAGAACUGGAAGAAAGUGAGUAUGUUACCAGAGGGGAUUCAUCAUUUUUGAGCUGUGUAAGUUGAGAUUUGUAGGGUUGAAAGCUGCAAAAAUUUAAUUUAAAAAGAGUUUGUUAUUUUACAAUGUCACACUCUAUUUGUUGACAAGCGAGUUCCAUAAAAUAUCUUUGUUUUAAAAUCAAAUUUGUUUAUCAACUAACCUUUAAGUACAACUUAACUUAAAUGGAAUAGAGAACAUUGCAUAUAAAUAGCAAAUAGAUGAUAAUUUAAAACCUUUAAAUAAUAUUAGCCAACUCAGUUCAUAAAAGCCCCAUUUAGUGUGUUGUUAUCACCAAAAAAAGUAAGUCAAUAACAGUUGCAUGACAAUUAAGUAAUAUUAAAUUAUUCACAUUCUCAGACCCAUAAUCUUGAAAUUAUUUGAAUGAUUUAUAUCAUCAGACCCAGCGCACUGACAGUGACAGUGAAGAUUCAGAAUGGGUUGAACAAGCUAGACAGAAUUUUAUUCUCAACACAAUAAGGUGGCUAAAACUUCACAACUUGGAACGCCCAAGAAGCGUAUCAGAUGACAGUGAGUCAACUCUUUCAAAACGUGAAGUUGCCAAUACAGUUAUGAUAGGUAAAUUACGAAACAAGAAAAUCAUUCUCUUUCUGACAUCUGAUGAUAUUUCCUUCAAUUCGGUCAGUGUAAUUACUUAGCUAAUAACUACAUGUCCAAAAUGACAGUUUAUAUGUUUUUUUUACAAUUUAAUUUUGGGUGUGAUUUUAAUUUAAUCUAACCUCUCUUAAGAAUGAAAUUCUAGAAAGUUAAAACUAAAUGACAUAAUGAACUUUGUUGGAAACUCAUCACAGACAACACCACUUGCCAUUAGUUGUAUACUCAUCACAGACAACACCACUUGCCAUUAUUUGUAUCAGAAGUUUAAGAUAUUUCUGUCUUUUCAUGUAUCUUAAUCUCCUCAACACCCCCCCCCCACACCCACCCGCCCACCACCAAAAAAGCAAGUCAAAAUCUAGGGAGACUUUGCUGAAUCAUUUCACUUUGCAGACACAAUAUUUUGUAUCAGAAGUUUAAAAUAUUUCUGUCUUUUCAUGUACCCUAAUCCCCUCAACCCCCCCCCCCCCACACCCACCCGCCCACCACCAAAAAAGCAAGUCAAAAUCUAGGGAGACUUUGCUGAAUCAUUUCACUUUGCAGACACAAUAAUGCACAUGCACUUUGUAAUGAGUCGUUGCCUAUGAGAUCACUGUCUUGAAAACAAUCUCAACUUUUUAUUAUACAGGGAAAGAUGGUAAAGCCAAGUCUGAAUUUUGUCAGAAAAUGAUUGAUAAGUGUAAGAAUGCCCAGGACAGUGAGUACCAUAGAAUUACUGUUGACCAUUACAUUAGUAUAAAUGAUCAUUAACAAUGAAAAUGACCCACAGUGAACAAAUUGAACAAAAAGACAAUUAAUUAUUUUAAAAUCUUGCUUCCAAUUUCAUCCACCCCAGAGGCACUACAUUCUGUGUAGAACUUUCCCCUGCCUCACCAUUACCUUACUGAUGCAUUGCUCCAUUUCUUUCAGAAAAUUGAAGAUUUAGAUCAAGAUAUUGAAAGGUCUCAAUAUUCUGAUUGACUAAAUGUAUUUUUUUGGUUUAUUUUCUCGAGGACAAGCAACUGUGAGUCAAGAUGACACCAGGACUGUAGGCCAAAAAUAUGAGAAGUCAGAUCAGAAAGUUCUAGAACAUUAUGGACUGAGUUCAGCUAUUUUAGACAGGCUAAAGAUGAACAACUUUCAACACAAGAUGGCAAAGGUAAACUGAUUACAGGACUGGUUAUCUGUCAGUUGCUCUGAAUGUUUCCCUUUUCAAUGUCAGUUUCUCUGAAAUGAAUCUCUUUCCCAUUGCAUUAAUCACAAACCACUCCCAAUAAUUUCCAUCCUUUCAUUAUAAUGUUAAGUUAGUAUCUAAUUUACCACAUAAUGUUCAAGACAUAAAAAAAUACUUCCAUUUAUCCAGAUUUUUGUUGCAAAUAGUAAUUAAAAAUAAUUUAUAUUAAAACUUGACAAAAAUUUUUGUGUUACUCUAAGUAUUUUUGGCUAUUUAAAAGCUAUGUGUUUUGUUUAUAUUGUGAUCUAAUUCUAUAUUAUAAAGAACAAUGAAUGUGUUUUUGUACAGCCCUUUGCACACAAGUGUAUAAAAAAAGUUGACUCCUUUACUAAGCAUAUUAUAUGUAUUGCAUGUCAACAGGUGUAGCAUGUCAAAAGCAUCCUUUAAAAAUAACCCAUAAGAUUUCCCAUUCUUAUCUUGCAUUUUUAGUUUAGAUGGUUUUUUUAAUAAUUUAAUUUGGGAAUAUGUAUUUUUACUUUGAAAAUUUGUAAGAUGAUUAAGUUAUAUCUGUUGAAUUGACUAUUGGAGUCCAAUAGUGACUCCAGUUGUGGAUGGAGGUUAGGUGAAAGUGGACAGUUGGGGAUGGGGGUUAGGUGAAAGUGGACAGUUGGGGAUGGGGGUUUGGUGAAAGUGGACAGUUGUGGAUGGAGGUUAGGUGAAAGUGGACAGUUGGGGAUGGGGUAAGGUGAAAGUGGAAAGUUGUGGAUGGGGUUAGGUGAAAGUGGAAAGUUGUGGAUGGGGUUAGGUGAAAGUGGACAGUUGGGGAUGGGGUAAGGUGAAAGUGGAAAGUUGUGGAUGGAGUUAGGUGAAAGUGACUGGGUGGCCAAAUGGUCUAAACUGAGCAAACCUCAAGUUGGUGGUCUGGUGUUCAAGUCCAGCCAAAGACCAUUCAAGCAAAAACAUCACCCCGGUUGGACGAGACUCGUUAACCUUGGUCAGCAACUCAUCUAAGAGAAGGAAACUCUGAAUUCAAACCCGGAGUUGGAGUCCCAUAAGGCACAAACAAUGACAAUUCCUGCAACCGAAUCCAUCCCUGGUCGUCUUGACGUAGAGUCUUGCCACUGGAUAUGGUGGGCUUGGACGAGAGUGAGGUAGACGCCGCGCAACUCUUCUUCACUUUAAACAAAGUCAUCCGCGCAAGUCAUCAGUCACCAGACGACUCGAUGGUCCUCGUCGAUCCUCGACGGACGAACAAUAAAAAGGUGAAAGUGGCAAGUUGUGGAUGGGGUCAGGUGAAAGUGGCAAGUUGUGGAUGGGGUCAGGUGAAAGUGGCAAGUUGUGGAUGGGGUCAGGUGAAAGUGGCAAGUUGUGGAUGGGGUCAGGUGAAACGGCAAGUUGUGGAUGGGGUUAGGUGAAAGUGGAGUUAUGUGUGCCAUGGUUGGUGGAUGCUGUUUGAAAAAAAAAAGGUUCCACUUUCACCAACAAUUCCGUACGUUACAUUGGUACGUUACGUUACUAUGUAUAGAACCUAAAAUAAUUAUUUUUUUUUAUAUUCGACUUUAAAGAUAUAUUCUCCAUUUCUUUCAGAAAAUUGAAGAUUUGGAUCAAGAUAUUGAAAGGUCUCAACAAUUUGUGUGAGUGGGAACUAUGAGCAUAAAAUCAAUUGAUAUUUAAUGCAGAUGUUCAUAACCUAUUAUAAGCAGUGGACAAAUAAGUUCAAUUUUAGUUUGAGGUUGUUGAAAAUGUAUUUGUUGAAUGCUGUCCAACAUAUCCAAAUGACCUUUCAUGGUAAUUCUUGUAACUGUUUCGAUCAAAACAAAAGGACAAAAAUAUGUUGGCCCUCACUUUUAGCUAAACGAUUCUUUUUUGAGUUGGUCUUUACUCAUCUCAAUUUUCUGAAAGUUUAGAACCAUGCUUAUUAAUACACUCAACCUCUUAUAAUAUAAUAGCUAGCUGUGAACUUGAUCUCCAGAUUAUAUUUAACAUUGGCUAAGUUAUUCCUUCGACCUAACCUUAUACUUACAUUUCAAAUAGCCCUGGGAGAUGUGAAUGAUAUGCUGAAAAAACUGCCUUUUAUUUCCCAAUUUCUUCAGUUUCGGCAACCAGAAAAUUGAAGAAGAGAUUCACAGGCAAAAAUUCCUGGCUCAUGCCACUGCAUGCAUUUUAAGAGAAAACACAGAUGAUCGCAUAGUAGACCACCUCAUCAGAAUGGUAAAAAAAUCAUGAUUGUUUUUCUAAUCACAAAAUAAUUUUAAAUUGGUUUUCCUGGUGUUCAUUUUGUUUAAACUGUCUAAUUAUAUCAACUAUUGGCAAAACUUUUUUCUUCAGUAUUGUAGAUUCCAGGUUGAAUAAUUAUGGCGAACAGAUUAUAGAAAAAUUUGCGAAAACCCUCAUAAUUUUUUUAAAAAAAUGAAAUAUUACUCUUGACACUUAGAUCAAAGCAAAGACUGAACUAUUACUCUUGACACUUAGAUCAAAGCAAUCACUGAACUAUUACUCUUGAUACUUAGAUCAAAGCAAUCACUGAACUAUUACUCUUGACGCUUAGAUCAAAGCAAUCACUGAACUAUUACUCUUGACGCUUAGAUCAAAGCAAUCACUGAACUAUUACUCUUGACGCUUAGAUCAAAGCAAUCACUGAACUAAUAAUAAUAAUAAUAAAGUUCAUUUCAAAAACACGCUUCAGAUCAAAGCAAUCACUGACAUUUUUCAACACAUCAACUUUGUCCACAUUUUUCCAGCAACCCGAAAAAUGGUUUGCAGAUUUAAUUCAAGAUUUACCUCACGCUGCUGCUAAUUCCAGAGAAAUAUUACAUCAGUAUAAACAGCAGUUGGAGGGCAGAAGGCACACAGACAGGAUAUUAUGAUGUGUCUGAUUUUAAAUUAAUUUAUUAAAAACUGAUCUACAAAAACCUCAACA